AUGAUCACCUUUACCGUUAGCAGUCUGUUGACAACAUCUGGGUUGAAAGACUUUGGUUCAUUAGGAAAAAGUAAAAGGAUGGAGAACAAUUUAAGCCGUAGUGGAAGCCACUCCAGCUCGGUAUGCGAACUCGAAAAGGAUAUCAGUGAUAUGGAAAUUAUAAAAUCUAGGACAAAUCGUCGCAAUGUAAUUGUUAGAACACAACCCGCACGAAAGGCAAAAAGGAUCAGAUUUUUUCGAAACGGAGACAAAUUUUACUCCGGUGUUAUAAUACCAGUUCUACCAGAGAGAUACAGGUCUUUUGAUAGUUUGACUGCUGAUUUGACAAGGGUGUUGGUCGACAAUGUUACAUUGCCUAGUGGUGUUAGAACCAUAUAUUCACUAGAAGGUAGAAAAAUAGGAAAACUAGAUGACUUAGAAGAUGGCCAAUCUUAUGUCUGUAGUGGAUUUGGAGAACCAUUUAAAAGAUUGGAUUAUGAAGCGAGUGCAGUGACCCCUCAAUCCUUUAGAUUAAGUGGACCAGAGUCCCUAAGUGACAGUGCAAGUCCCUCCCCUGCUCGAGCGAACAACAGAUUAUCCCGAUAUUUACAGACAAAUGGCAACAGUACAACUGGUAAUGGAUCACCUAGAGUUAGCCCCGCUGGAGACAAUGUUGUUCGACCACGUAUUGUUACGAUUAUAAGGAACGGCGUCAAACCACGCAAGGUGUGCAGAUUGCUAUUGAAUAAACGCAAUAGUCCAACUCUAGAGCACGCCUUAGCUGCUAUCACCGAGUGCAUAAAACUUGACACGGGCUGCGUGCGCAAAGUCUUCACGCAGUCUGGUUCGCCCGUCACAGCACUGCACCAGUUUUUUGAUGAAGACGAUGUGUUCUUCGCCUAUGGAAACGAGAGAGUCAACCAAGAAGAUUUCGAAUUAGAAUUUGAAGAAAGCAAAGCUGUUUUACAAUGCAGAAAGACUCCCAUAACGAGGAACUCACGGACAGGACCAAAACCUCGAAUGCCAGUGAAAGCGAGUGGUGCAGCGCGGAAAGAGAACGAAACUACUGGUGCAGCUGGAGACAACGAACAGACCCAACUAGCCAACUUGCUGCCCCAGCCUUUACGGCUCAAAUAUAAUGUUGGAAAAAUAAUAGGUGACGGUAACUUCGCUGUCGUUAGAAUAUGCACAGACAAAACGAACGGAAAGGAUUACGCCCUCAAAGUUAUUGACAAGGCUAAGUGCAAAGGAAAGGAGCAUUAUGUUGAGGCUGAGGUGAGGGUGAUGAGAAAACUCUGUCAUCCUCGAAUUGUGUCACUCAUUGAAGAGCAGGACAGUCCCGAAUGGCUGUUCCUUGUGAUGGAAUUAGUGAGUGGUGGAGACUUGUUUGAUAGCAUUGCAGCUGCUUCCAAGUUUUCGGAGCCCCAGUCUCGUUUGCUAAUAGGCCACUUAACAUCAGCCAUAGCAUAUUUACAUUCUCUUUCAAUUGUGCACCGGGACAUCAAACCGGAAAAUCUUUUGGUGGAAGUUGGCCCAGAUGGAAGCAUACGCGGACUUAAGUUAGCUGACUUUGGCUUGGCGGUGGAAGUUUGGCGACCACUGCAAGCUGUUUGCGGAACGCCGACCUAUGUUGCACCAGAGAUAUUACUCGAGACUGGCUACGGAUUAAAGAUUGACGUAUGGGCAGCGGGUGUGAUCCUGUACAUAUUGCUCUGCGGUUUCCCUCCGUUCUCGUCGCCCGAUGGUGACCAGGAGAAAUUAUUUGACGCGAUCCUCUCCGCAAGGCUCGAGUUCCCCGCGCCGCACUGGGAACGCGUGUCGGCCGGGGCCAUUGACCUCGUGGCCAACAUGCUGCGGCCUCAACCCGAGCUGCGCUUUGCUGCUGAAGACGUUCUUGAUCACGCUUGGAUGUCGGAGGAUUAUGACGAAAUGUGUGGUCUGCACACUUGGUACGACGAAGACUCCUCAUAG